UUGGAAAUUCAAUAACAAUUUUCAGGAGGAAUUCCCACAGAAAUAGGGAAUCUUUCAUGACUAGAGAUGUUAAGCACUGAAGGCGCCUCACUAACCGGAGAUAUUCCAUCUUCUAUCUUCGACAUAUCUUCUUUGACAGUCUUGCGCUUUGCAAACAAUAGUUUGUCUAGUUGGGACCCGAGUAAUAUGUGCAACAAUAUGCCCAACAUCAAAACACUUUCACUCUCUCGAAACCGACUUCAACAUCAUAUUCCACCGAAUAUACAAAAAUGCGAACAUCUCCAGUUGCUAGACUUAUCCAGCAACAAUCUUAGCGGCACUAUCCCACGUGAAAUCGGAAAUAUGAGCAUGCUUAGAGAGUUGAAUUUAAGGAGCAACCAUUUCACAGGUGAAUUGCCACAAGAGAUUGGUACUCUACCGAUCCUCCAGUAUCUCGAUGUGUUCAACAAUUCCUUAUCUGGAUCGAUCCCAUCUUCCAUAUUCAACAUAUCAACGUUGAAGACGUUACAACUUUCAGGCAAUGAGUUUUCAGGUAGUCUUCCUUCAGACAUGGGUGAUUCGCUUGUCAAUCUCGAGCGCCUUUAUCUGAGUAGGAACAAACUGAUUGGCCCAAUUCCAACCUCCAUCACCAAUGCCUCUAAACUUACCCUAUUGGGAAUAAAUAGCAACUCUUUCAGUGGCUCCAUACCCGACUUUGGUAAUUUGAGACUCCUACAAAGACUUUACAUUUGGGGAAAUAGUUUGAGUGGAGCUCAAGCCCCAUCUCAAGAGUUAAGAUUUCUCUCUUCGUUAACUAAUUGUCGAUAUUUGAUGGAUUUGGUGAUGUCGGAUAAUCCACUGAACGGUAUCCUACCCACUUCAAUUGGGAAUCUAUCCUCCUCUCUUGAGUAUAUUGGCGCGUCAAACAACAACAUCAAGGGUGCCAUUCCUUCUGAAAUAGGAAAGUUAAGCAGUUUGCUAACUAUAAAUUUGGGUAGGAAUCAAUUGAGUGGAGCCAUUCCACCAAAAAUUGGGAAAAUGGCGAAACUUCAAGAAUUAGGUCUUAGUGGUAAUCAAUUGGAGGGAUAUAUCCCUAAUGAUCUUUGUGGAAUGAAUAAUUUAGGGGUGUUGAGGCUUGGUGGUAACAUGCUUGUAGGUCCAAUACCUAAAUGUUUGGGUGAAAUUAAAUCCUUGAGAGAGAUCUACUUAGGUUCCAACCAACUGAACUCAACCAUCCCUCCCAACUUUUGGACUCACAGAGACUUUCUUGUUUUGAACCUGUCCAAAAAUAAUUUCAUGGGUCAACUAUCAUAUGAAAUUGGCAAUUUAAAGACAAUCUACUCUCUAGACUUGUCAUUUAAUCAAUUUUUAGGUGGCAUUCCAAGCACAAUUUCUGGUUGCGAGUCGUUACAAUAUCUAAACUUGUCGAAUAAUCUGCUUAGAGGAGCUAUUCCAAACACCUUAGGAAAUGUGAAAGGUUUGAUAGCAUUGGAUUUAUCAUUCAAUAAUCUUUCCGGGUUGAUACCAGACUCCUUAGAAGGCCUCCCCUUUCUUGAGCACUUUAGCGUCUCGAACAACAAAUUGGAAGGGGAAAUUCCAGAUGGCGGCCGGUUUGGGAACUUCACUGCUCAAUCUUUUGCAAACAACUUUGGCCUUUGCGGUGGUCCAGUAUGGUUUCAAAUCCAAUCAUGCUUAAAAGAUGAAGGUGGAGUAUCGAUUAAGUACAUGAUCAUUAUUCCCUCAUUGAGUUUAGUAGUCAUUGUGGCGAUUGCCAUGCUCGUGUUGAUAACGAGACGAAAACAGAAGAAUGAGAGAAGAAUAAGAAAUAGUAGAAGAAUUUCUUACAUAGAAUUGGAACCAGACAUAACAUCAUUUAGUGAGACUAACCUGCUUGGACGUGGAAGUUAUGGUUCAGUAUACAAAGCGACACUUUCUGAUGGAUUAGAAGUUGCGGUCAAAGUGUUCGACUUGCAAAUACAAGGAGCAGCUAAGAGCUUUGCCACCGAAACGGAAAUACUAUGCAACAUUCGUCACAGAAACUUAGUUCGUGUUAUUGGAUGUUGUAGUAGCAAAGAGUUUAAAGCUCUGGUUCUGACUUACAUGCCGAAUGGGAGCUUGGAUAAAUGGUUGCAUUCCGAUAUGUACGGGUUGGAUCUUAUAAAGAGACUUGAAUUAGCAAUAGAUGUUGCAGCGGCCUUGGAAUAUCUUCACCACGGUUACACAUUCCCAAUUGUUCACUCUGAUGUAAAGCCGAGCAAUGUGUUGCUUGAUCAAUACAUGGUUGCUCAUCUUGCUGAUUUUGGUAUUUCUAAGCUUUUUGAUGGAGGGGAAGCUGUCGUCCAAACACGAACAAUGGCGACCAUCGGUUAUGCAGCACCAGAGUUGGGAACGGAAGGCAAAGUGUCGACAAGUGGAGAUGUGUAUAGCUUCGGGAUUAUGCAAUUGGAGAUGCUCACAGGGAAGAAGCCAACAGAUGAUAUGUUCGGUGGGGAAAUGAGCUUAAAAGAAUGGGUGAAUGAAGCAUUACAUGAAAAUGCAGUAAUGCGAAUUGUGGCACCGGCUUUGUUAUCAAGGGAAGAUAAACAUUUGUACCAAAAGGAGCAGUGUGUGUCAUCGAUAUUUUACUUGGCGAUGAAAUGCUUAGCAUUUUCACCUUAUGAAAGAAUUAACAUGAUUGAAGUAGGAACUACUCUGCACAAGAUUUAUGCAACAAUAGUAGCAAGUAUAGAACAAAUUAAUGGAGUUUGAUGCUUGUAAUGCAACAUUUGUAU